GCUGUUUUCCCCACGGUCAGAUGGCCUCCGCAGCAGACGACCGAUACCUGGGCUCAGGGCCCAGUGGAGACGGAAUUCAUCCGGCAGGCGAUGAGUCUGAGUCUGAGUCUGACUCUGACUCUGACAGCAUCCUCUCUGACGACUCCGUGCUUCCAGUCUACACACCAGAGACGAAAGACAGGUGUGCAGCAGGUUCCACUCUGUAUUCAGCCUGUGCUCGUAACGAAGUCUUCUCUUUACGGAGGGUUCUGGAGAGAGGGGUGACAAAGGAGGAGGUCAUGGAGCUGGACAUCAACGGCUGGAAUGGCCUGAUGGUGGCGUGCUGCAAAGGUUUUGUGGAAGUUGUUUACGGGCUCCACAGUUGUCCUUUCAUCGACAUAAACCACCAGGACAACGAAGGCAACACUGCUCUGAUGAUCGCAGCCCAAGCAGGUCACGUCAACACAGUCAUGUAUCUCAUAAACUACUUCCCUGGUAUAGACCUGGAGGUGAAGGACUGUCGUGGUUUCACUGCCCUCAUCAAAGCAGCCAUGACUGGACGCAGCGACGUGGUGUCUGCCCUUGUUAUGGCCGGUGCUGACACCCAAGCAGUGGACUCCACGAAGAGAAAAUGUGCUCAGGAAUGGGCACUGAAAACCGGCCGCUAUGAAACCUCCAAUCGCAUGCGUCGCCUGAAUAUGCGGCGAAGAGCAGAACAGUUUUGUGACAGCUUCAUCCCCGAGUGGCCUGAGCUCAAAGACAGAGUAGCCGCGGCCGCAGCUGAGAAAAGUGCCAGGGAGAAAAUUAGGGAGCUGAUAAAAAACACAUUUGGUUUCAGGUUUCCUCGUGACCCAGAGGACAAUGGGGUCAUGGACCACAUGGUACGCAUCACAACAAGUCUACACAGUCCACUCAUUUCAACAGGAUGUCACCCACUCUGUCCAAGCAGUCCUCCUGAGGUAGGAAAGAGGAGGCUGGCUGUUCCAGAGCUGCUGGGGAAACACUCUAAGACGGAGCUGGAAGAGAAGUCUGUCAGUCACAGCACCGCUUCUGCUCCACACAUGAUACCCACGAUGCAUUCUGCAGAGACCAUCGCCACUUCGUGCUGUGCUGACGCUGAGAGGCGUGGCAGCAUCCUGUCAUUAGCCUCCAGUAAAGUGGCCAGUGCAUUUAUUCCUCGCAGCAUGGCAAGAAAGAACAGUGUGUUUCCCUCAGGCUGCAUCCCUCAGGUCAGCAUCUGUAGGCCCACGGAGGCCACGCCAAAGAAGGAGAAGAAGAAGAAGAUGAUGAAGAUGGACAAGAGCAAGAAGGAGAAGAAGAAGAAGAUGAAGAUGGACAAGAGUUUCCUGGAACCACCCAAAUGGAAAUACAAGGAAAGAAAAGAUGAGAAGAAGAAAAGUGAAAGAGAAAAGGCCGAUAAAGAUAAAAAGGAGAAAAACGACAGUCAAAGAAAAUAGUA